AUGCCCAAGUUUGUAACAGUUCAAAACUAUGAAGUAGCAGAAGCUGGCUGGCGAAUAAGAUUCCAAACUGCAAAAAAAGAAUACGGUGGUGAUGGUUCGAAUCAUUUUCUUUCUGUUUCCUCAAAUGGUCAGUCUUCCGCGAAAUUCAGUGCUGUCGCUCAAACAAUACUUUUGGACAAAGGCGAUGUGUCAAGAAAACGAGAAUUUAUGAGCAUCAAAGAUGGAGCCUGGGAAUCUGUCUUGUUCAAUGGAGAUGCAGACUUCAACUAUGUCAGAUUCAACAUUACCUUCGUUCAAGAAUAA